UCUCCUUUGAUCACACCACUAGCAAGCUACGACAAUGGCUUUGCUCGCGAGAUGCCUCCUGGUCUGCCUCGCCAUUUUGGUCCUCUCCGUGGGCUGCCUCCCCGGCAGCGGCUCGGCGAUGGGCCUGCCGCGGCCGCGGCCGAACUUGAACUUCACCAUCGGCGUCGAGGGCGCCGUCUGGUGCAAGGGGUGCCGGUACGCCGGCUACGUCCAGUCCAGGAAUGCGUCCCCGCUCCCGAAUGCCCCCGCGCUGCUGCGGUGCAGGCGCGGGGAGUGGGCGCUGUCGGUGUGGGGCGCCACGGACGAGCGCGGCUACUUCCAGAUCCAGACGGCGCAGCAGUCGGCGCCCUUCACUAGCAAGGACUGCAAGGUGUACGUGCUGGGGUCGCCGGCGCGCGCGUGCGGAGUGCCCGUCAAGCCCCGCGGGAACGACGACAAGGGGUCGCCGCUCAAGUUCCGCAAGUUCGUGACGCUCCCCGACGGGCUGCAGGCGGUCUACACGGCCGGCGACUUCGUGUUCGGGCCCAAGAAGCCCGGCAAGUGCUGAUUGGAUCCAUCAAGUUUGGGCUUCGCGAGGUUCCCGUGCACGCGCGUUGUGUCGGGGUACUACUGAUAUUUUAUAUUUUUGAUUAAAAACUCACCCCCUGUAUUUUUCAAAGCACAAAUUAGCAUGGCAAAAUUCUAUUUGUAAACAUGUAUUUUUAAUGUAUUGUAUGUUGAUUUGAAGAAACUGGGGCAUGUCAUAUAAACUACACAAAAGCACUUUGAACGAUA